AUGGAUCAGAUUCCAAACUCCUUAUUCGAAGAAGGCCGACUCGCCUUUUUGGGCGGUAUUCCCCUCGAUGCCGAGAAGCAGGAGGUAGAAGCCUUCUGGCUUGAGCCCAGUGGAUGGAAUCACCAGGGCUAUUGCAUCGUCGAGUUCACCUUGCAAACCGAGGCAAAGGAGGCAAUCAAGAGACUACCAGAUUGUGCUUUCAAGGACAAGUAUCUACAGACAAAAAUCCCCCAGCGUCGCAACCAGCCAACUUCCCAAUCAAUCACUUCGAAGCUUCCUGUCGAGGCGGAAGCCAUCCCCACCGAUGCCGAGGCCGUCACCACCGCGACGGAGCCCGAGCCCUCGUUUGAGUCACCUCCUGUCGAGCCGCCCUCGUCGGACCCUUUCGCCGCACAAAUUUCACUGGUAGACGACGUCAGUGCUGGAUAUAAGGCCAUUCAGGAGAGGAUCCGAAAAGACUUGCAAGAGCUGAAGUACCCUGAGGCGUAUGCUUGCUCCGAGCACUGGUCCAAAAGUGACGUUGAGAACGCGGUUAUCGGAAGGAUGUUGGAGCGUGAGAAAGAAGAUGGCGCCCCGGGCUCUCUUGUGGUGAAACACAAUGGCCGCUUUCGCAUUCGCUCACGAGUCUUCCCCUCUCCUUAUGAUGACGAUAUCAAGGGUGAUUCUACCAUCUGGAUCCAUGUCACAAAGCGUGAGUCAGAUGGACGAAAGAUGAAGAUCAUCGCUCUGUCUGAACUUCCUCUUUACGAAGAGGACGGAUGGCAGGAGUGGUUCAAGGGCAAUGUGUCGGCAGAAGAGAGUACUGGCGAUGAACAGCACCAUGUCUCCACUGUUGGGGAUAUCAACGCACCAGAUGGUCCCAAGCAGGACACUCUCUAG